AUGGAUCCUUCAAGUGGACAACAACACCAGGAAAUGUCAGCUCAUUCACUGGACAUGCUAGUCUGCUCAAAAACCCAACAGCAGCAGCAGCAGCAAGACAGGAAGCCAAGGCCUCAACCAGAGCAGGCUCUCAAGUGCCCAAGAUGUGACUCCACAAACACCAAGUUCUGCUACUACAACAACUACAGCCUCUCUCAGCCAAGGUACUUCUGCAAGGCCUGCAGGAGGUACUGGACCAAGGGGGGUACUCUGAGAAAUGUUCCAGUGGGUGGUGGGUGCAGGAAGAACAAGAGAUCCUCCUCCUCAUCAAAGAGAUCACAAGACCAACAACCCCUCACACCCAAUUCCAAUAACCCUCUCCCUUCCCUUGGAUAUGACUCAAAUGACCUCACCCUUGCAUUUGCUAGGCUCCAAAGACAGUCAUGUGGGCAGUUGGGUUUUGAUGACCAAGAACACCUUUCUAUUUUGGGAAACCCCAACAACACCACUUCCCAUGGUGAUCAUUCUAUUCUUGGAAACCAUGGCCUUAACAUGAACACUACUUCAGCUGCUGCAGCACCUGGGUUUCUUGAUGCACUCAGGACUGGGUUUCUUGAAACCCAUAAUGGUAAUUUCCAGAACAUGUAUUAUGGGUUUGGAAAUGGGAGCAACAGCAGCAGUUUGGGUGAGGUUGAAAAUGGGGUAUGUGGAGAAAUGGGGCUCCACACAUUUGAGGAAAUGACCAACUCAACCACCACAGCAGUCACAGUGACAACAAUGAAGCAAGAGCUUUGCAAUGCAAGAGAUCCUCAAAGUGAGAGCAACAGGGUUUUGUGGGGCUUCCCAUGGCAGCUCAAUGGAGAUGCAAACAAUAAUAUGGUUAGUAAUGAGUGUGAUUCAGGAAGAGUAGAGAGCUGGAAUGGUCUUGCUCCAUCUUGGCAUGGGCUUCUCCACAGUCCCCUAGUGUAA